GCCCUAUAAACAGUCAGGGGUGAGGAAGUUGAAGCAUAGAGUGGCUGUCUCUCACAAUCCUGCAUGGUGUGUGUGGGGUGUGUGUGAGUGAGCCAGCCACAGAGUUCCUUCCUUCCUGCAAGAUAAUGUUGACAGAUAACGCUUUUGGAGAAGCGUUUUGCAAUUACCUUGCUGAGGGAGAGAGAACAGAGUAACGGCAGUCCUUGUGCUGGGUGGGUGAAUUUUUCCCCCCUUUUGCGUGAAGAAUUGGAGGGAGAGGGCAUCACAUUGGCAGGUAACUCCACUCAGAUCUCCAGUGUGGUCAAUUCCCAGAAUGAGCAGCGAGUCAGUGGAAAAUGAACUGAGCUUAUUAGGUGGGUUUCCCUGAAAAAACCCAAUUUAUUUGGCAUGCAGAGGAUUGGGAAAUAGCACCCCAGAAGAUGACAUCAUCAUCAUCCUUGCUGUGACAUAAAUGGUGGUGCGUCCUCCCUGCGCAUCCCUGCUCUACUUCACCACUGCUCACAGGAAAGCAUACAUAAUAUUGCAGCCCUAGUCAUGAGCAGAAUUCAGCUGGAGUUUGAAAAAGCAGUGAUUACUCCAAAUAAUAAGGCAGUAAUGAGUACAGCCUGAGCCAUGGCAAGCACAAAGAAGCCCUGGCAGUGGGUGCUAGGGUGCUCCUUCUUCUUCUUCCUGAUCCCAGGAGGAUCCCUGCACUGUAGCAACCUCAACAUGGACUCCCCGGUCAUUCUCUUGGGAGCCACAGCCACAGCUUCUUGCACCAUCUGGAGAAGCUCAUGCCGCAUUCAGCAGAAUGAAGAACUCCUGAUAAUGUGGAAACUGGAUGAGGAGUUCCUCAAGGGUACCCAGUACAGUUUAAGCAAUGGGGUGGAAGUUUCCAAUAUCACCGUUGGCCCUCUCAAUGAGACUGUGACCAGUCUGAGCUGCUAUGUGCAGAGGAAAGGGAAGCUGCAGAUGAUGAAUGUGAUCCAGAUCCAUGCGGGAUAUCCUCCAAUGCAGCCCCAAAACCUCACCUGUGUUAUGAAUGUCACCACUAAGAGCCUCACAUGCCAUUGGGAUCCUGGACGGGACAGCCUCCUCCCGGUCAGCAUUGCCCUGAAGUGCUUCUGGAAUCAGAGGGGGUGUGAAGUCCCCCCAGAGCACAUCCCCCCAGUCUGCAUUCCAUUGGCUGGCCAGAACUCCUGCACCAUUGGCCGCGAGAACCUCCUGCUUUAUCACAAUAUGAUUUUCUGGGUGUCGGCGAAGAACCCCCUGGGCGUUGUGGAAUCGGAGCCCCUGUGUGCAGACCCAAUUGACUUAGUCAGGCUGGAUCCCCCAGCCCUCCAGACCAUUCAGGCCAUACCCGAGGAGACUGACUGUGUCUCUGUGGCAUGGGAAGCUCCCAAAGACAGCGAACACAUGCAUAUGUCGUGUGACUUGCGCUACCGGAAGGAAAGAGACUGGCAGUGGACGGUUGUCCACAAUAUCACCAACCCCGCCCGGGAAAGGCAGCAAACACAACAAAUGCAGUCCUGCGGCUUCCUCUUUGGAACCCUCUACCAGUUCCAGAUGCGCUGCCAGAGAGUCACCGGUGUUGGUUACUGGAGCAACUGGAGCCCUACAAUGAACUUCAGCACCCAUGAGAAAGAGCCUUCAGGAGAGCUUGAUGCCUGGUGGAAGGUGAAGCCCAGAGAGGCAGACAAGAGGACUGAAGUGCAGCUGUUGUGGAAGCCCAUGAAACCAGAUGAGGCCCAUGGUAAAAUCUUGGGUUACUGGGCCACCCUCAGCACCAGGUGGCACAAUGGGGAACCAUCAACCCUCUGCAACACCACAGAGCUGCAUUGCGCUUUCUCAUUGCCAUUUGGAACCCAGAGGAUUUCUCUCAUGGCUUACAACACAAAAGGCUUGUCUCAGCCCACUGAAGUCUUCUUACUUGAGAAGAAAGGUCAACCCGUGCCCAGCUUCCAAGUCUCCCCACACAAUGAGAAGAGCAUCUGGGCGCGCUGGGAUCUCCCAGGGGCACCAGCCACUGGCUACAUCAUCGAGUGGCACAGAGUGACCUCUGCAGACUCACCUGUCGACAACAACUUUGGAUGGACCAAAGUACAGAGUGGUGCCAUCACACAAGCCCUGAUCCAAGAAAAUGUGGACCCUUUUCAGUGCUACAACAUCUCCAUCUACCCACUCUACAGGGAUGGAGUGGGGAUGCCCAAGUCUGUGGAAGUUUACACCAGGCAGAAAGCUCCAUCUGAGACCCCCAAACUUCAUCCAGGCAUUAUCAGUAAGUCAACAGCUGAGAUUCACUGGGAGCCUAUCCCAGUUGAAAAGCAGAAUGGCUUCAUCAUCAACUACACCAUUUUCUGGAUUGGCACCAAUGAGGACAUGAGCAGUGCUGUUAUGAACUCCUCUGUGGACACCUUCACCAUCAAGGGUCUCUGGCCUUCAAGGAUGUACAGGGUGCAUAUAAUGGCCUCGACUGUGGGUGGGAGUACCAACGGAAGCAUCCUUGUACUCUACACCAAGGGAAUUGAUGACACGGAUCUCCCCUUUGUGUAUCUGCUGAUUGGGCUACUCUUGCUUGCAAUUAUUGUCCUGGUGAUCUGCUUCCACAAAAGCAAAAGGAUGAAGACCCAGUUCUGGCCCAGCGUCCCUGACCCAGCCAACAGCAGCCUGGGCCGAUGGGCACCAGCCAUUCUGCAAGAGGAGAUCCUCCAGGCUCCAAAGGCAUGUGAGCUCAGCCCUGUCAUGGUUUCUGCCAUCUUGGUCAUUGAAGUAGAUGAGAAGAAAUGCCUCUCCUGUGGGAAGAGUGAGCCCACUAAGGCCCUGGAGGAUGGGCCAAUGGCAGCCUUCUCUGAAUCUUACAUCAGUGAUGCUGAUGCUGCUCUGCCGGCCAGUGGCCCAAGGCCAGCCUCUUACAUGAAUAGCCCAGAGUCUGUCCAGUAUGCCAAGGUGUUUGGGGACAGCUACCGCAGCCAACAGAAGGCAUCGCCCACUUUCUACAUACGCUCUAACUCCACGCAGCCACUUCUGUGUGACAUGACACCCAGCCCAAAGUCAUACGAGAAUCUGUGGUUUCACAGUGACCAGGCAAACAGAGAACUCGGCUGCAAUUCCCAGGAAGAUGCCGUCUUUACGGACACAGCCCUGUUGGAUUUCCCACUGCUACAGGGUCUAAAAAUUGAUGGGGAUGAAGACCUGAGCAACUUCCGAAGACCGUAGAACCUUGUUGACAUGGGGUGGGUGGGAAGGUGGAUCAAAGGUACAACUGGAGUGGCUCACUGCUUCUUGUGUUUGAAGUUCUCCUCCUCCUCCUUCAGGGAAAAAGUACUGAGUGUGCCCGCCAGCCACCUGUAUUUUAUGUUUCACGUUCUAGAGCAGGAAUGAGGACCCUUUGGCCUACCAGACCGUUUGGGGGAAGCCAUGCCCAGCUGCCCUACACUCAAUGUCAUAUGUGACAUCAGGUGGGGCUUCCAAGAAACAAUCAGGACCUUCAAGGGGGCUCCCAACUGUUCCUUUGCUGGAGCAAAGUGCACUCCACCCACCUCCACCAGCUGAUGGGAGCGAGCCUUGCUCAAGGAAGCAGCUUCCAUUCUCCCUGCCAAUGCUGCUGUUGGAAGCAGCUUUGCGCUGCUCCUUCGCACCUUUGGAAAGCGGAGGUCUAGAAUAGCAUGGCGCUGUUUGCAUCCCCAGGCUGCUCUUGGAAGUCCUGACAGUUUUUUUAUGGCCUCACCUCCCUCAGCACACCUGGGGUUGGGGAGAUCAUGAUCUGGCCCACUGGCCAGGAAAGGUUCCCACCCCUGCUCUAGAGAGCUCAGGAAAAUGGGGUAGACAUUGGGCUGGCGUUCUCAGGGGCACAAAGUGAUGCCUUUUGCUCCCCCCACUCAUAGCUCAAUGGGAGAGCAUCUGAUGUGCGUCCAGGUGGCCACAGGUUCAAUCCCCAACAUCUCCAGCUAGGACUGGGACUUCCUAUCUGAAACCCUGGAGAGUUGCUGCUGGUCAGUGGGGACCAGGGGUGACGAACUGGAUCUGACCAGUAGGCCACAUCCUUAUAUCCCCUACUCUCCCCCCUUUUAGGCCAAAUGUGACAGAUGUGUGGGGCCAUCCAUGUUUCAGUCACUGAUGUCAGAAUGACAUCAGAUGACAUGGCACUUUGAAGCCCCGACAAUCAGCUGAUUGCCUCUUGCCCUGUGCUUUGAAGACCUGAUGACCAGAAGACCCUUUUGGUCCAGUCUAGCCAAUGUUUACCUGCCUACACCUGAUGUCGUAUAUGAUGCUAGGUGAUUGCCAGGUGGGUAUGGCUUAGCCAAAACAGCCUGGUGCACCAAAUGGGGAGGCCUGGUGGGCCUGAUGAAUCCCCUGAGCCAAAGGUUCCCCAUGCCUGGGGUAGAUCGAUGCUCUUCAACAGGUGGAUCAUGACCAGGCUCAAGAUGCAUCCCUCUCACUCCAGAGAUUUAGCACUCUUUCUGGGAUGCACACAAGUGUUUCCUUCCCCCCAAAAAAGGCAGGAUUGUUCCCAAAAGACAAGGAGAAAAUUGGCACAAUGAUUUACCAGGGUCAGGAACCAGGAAAGAGGGAAAUAUCCCUUGUAAAUAAGAGUCGGAAAAUAUGGUUCUACCACUAUCUCAGUUGCAACUGCUACAGCCCCCAGAGAAAGCAGACUUGGAUCCCUUUGGAAGACACAUACCCUGCAUUCAGGUACUUAUCCCAAGUGCUAGGUUUUGUUGACAGAAAGGAGCCCUCCCGCACCUUCUAAACAUGUCUAGGAUUUAGUACUCUACAGCCUUGUCUAGAGGCAAACUCCCCGGUCAGAGCUUGGAACAGUUACUUUUUUGAACUACAACUCCUACCAGCUCAAUCCAGUGGCCAUGCUGGCUGAGGUUGAUGGGAGUUGUAGUUCAAAAAAGUAACUUUUCCAAGCUCUGCCCGGGCUGCCCCCCCCUCCCUUGCAACAGACUUGAGGAGAGAAGAGCUGUGGAGGGGAUGCCAAGAGGCGUCUUGUUAGCUGGGUAAGAUCCAUAAUCCAGAGCUGGGCAGUGCAGGGAGGAAGGAAAGAAGCAACAGGCAGGAGAAAAUUACAUCCUGGUCAAUUCAUGAUCAUUGUGAUGUUGCUUUUUUCUCAUUUAAUCAGUUUGCUAAAAAUAGCAGAGGCCUCGCCAGCACACUGGACCCAGUGUUGUACAAUGUGAUGUUGGUGCAGUUCAUGUGAUAGGAAAUUAGGGUGCUACUCACAGAAUGUCAGUUUGCCUGAAAGGAUUGUGAGGGGAACACCUUGGAGAAUCAAGAAGGAGAAAAAGGAGUGUUCUUUCUAAAUACGGCUAGGGGGAAAAGUCAAAGGGGAUGAAAAAGAAACCAAAUGAACAGUUAUAAGAUGGGGGAUACUUGACUCAGCAAUACUACAUGCGAGCAGGAGCUUGGAAUUGUUGUUGAUCACAAGCUGAAUAUGAGCCAAUAGUGCGACGUGGCUGCAAAAAAAGGCAAAUGCUAUUUUAGGCUGCAUGUAUAGUUUCCACAUUCCAUGAACUACUAGUUCCCCUGUAUCCGGCACUGGUUAGACCUCAUCUUGAGUACUGCAUUCAGUUCUGGACACCACCCUUUAAAAAGGAUGCAGACAAACUGGAACGGGUUCAGAGGAGGGCAACGAGGAUGAUCAGAGGACUGGAAACAAAGCCCUAUGAGGAGAGACUGAAAGAACUGGGCAUGUUUAGCCUGGAGAAGAGAAGAUUGAGGGGAGAUAAGAUAGCAUUCAUCAAGUACUUGAAAUGUCACACAGAGGAGGGCCAGGAUGUCUUCUCAAUUGCCCCAGAGUGAAGAAUGCAGAAUAAUUAAAGGAAGGCAGAUUUUGGCUGAACAUCAGGAAAAACUUCCUAACUGUUAGAGCCAUGUGACAAUGGACCCAAUGACCUAGGGAGGUGGUGGGCUCUCCAACAUUGGAGGCAUUCAAGAAGCAGUUGGACAGCCACCUGUUGGGUAUACUUUAAGAUGGAUCCCUGCAUUGAGCAGGGGGUUGGACUCAAUGACUUUAUAGGCCCCUUCCAAAUCUGCUAUUCUAUGAUUUUCUUGGAUGAAGGGUGCGGAACUCCACAGUUUCUUCAAAAUGUUUUACCCACUGCUGCUGUUUAUUUAUCAUUUACAUAGAAUGCUGCAAAUUAAAAAUUCUCCAUAAUU